AUGGGGGACGAUCAAUGCAUCCAAGAAGUGCUAGACUACAUACAAAUAUCUAUAGCACUAGUAGUGGUAUUCCUCAGAGCUGCAGGCCAGGCAAGAGCACAGCAUGCGAAUAUAACCCGAAAUAAAAUGCCUCUAGGUGCAUAUACACCGCCAGAUCAAGAAGAGGAAAGCAGGAGAGUCAAAGUAGAUCUUAAAAAGGAAGAAAAAGAAGUUUGGCCUUCUACAGCUAAGGCAUCUGACGUGCCCUCUAUUAUGCAUAUGGCUUCUGGUGCACAGACAGGCAACAUGGAAGAGGCUAAUUUACAGAAUGGUGUCUCAGAUAACUGCUGCUGUGGCAAAGGCCAUCCAGAUGGCAUCCGCCCUAAUAACUGCUGCUGCAUUGGCAAAAGCCCAGAAGCUGCGCAGAUAAAGAAAGACGCAAAGAAAGAGAAGCUUAUGAAGGCGGUAUACAGCGCAAUGGAUAGACACAGAAAGGAGAUGGAUAGACUAGCAGAGAAGAAGCACGAAAAAAAAAUUGCUGAGGAGGCGAACAAGGCAGAGCAUGUAAAGGUCAUGAACAUAUGUUUGGAGGAAAGUAUCAGUGCAGACAUGUACCGCAAGAAGUACACGGAAAUAUGCGCCAUUCAGAAAACAAUUAAAGAGUACUAUGAAGUUAAUGACAGAUGUCUGCCCCAUGCCUCAUGCCCCAAGUAUGAAUGUGAAACUAAAGUGCUCAAGGCUCUUUCUGCUGAGAAAGAUGCCCUAAUAGUGGACAAUCGCAGGGCAUGCGGUAUAGCAGAGGGGCAGGCAAAGAAAAUGCAAGUGGCAUGCAGCCAUCAAAGCAAUUCAAGACAUCACAAGCUGGCGUUUAUUGAAGAGACAGUAAAGUGGCACAGGGAUUACACUAAUUUGGUGGAGAGCGAUCUGGAAGUUGUAAAAUGCAUGCACAAGCUGGAGAAGCUUUCCUAUUCGGUGCGAAAGAAGGAGGCAAUGUAUGUGAAAAAAGAAGAUGCAAUACAAUUAAACGAAAUACUAGGCCUGCAGGAAAUAUGUGUGCAGUUAAUAAAAGAGUCUAUUUAUCUGCUAAGUAGUGUCUAUGAAUACAAUAAGAUGUGCCUGCCUAGAACAGAAAACAUUCGAAGGACAUAUCUACAGUACGAUGCAGCUGCAGCUGCGUAUGAGGCACAGCAGAUUGUGGUAGAAAGUGCACUUAUGGCGCUUAACAGAGCAGAGCUAGAGCUGGAAAACCAUGCUCUAAACAAUGCAGCUCAGCUUCGGCAGAAUAAUGGGCAGUCCUGCUCUUUCUACAAGUUUUACCUUCGCUAUUCAUAG